GAAAAUGUCAAUUCUGGUGUAUGUGUAAAUAUGUUUUAAUAAAUAGUUUAAAUAAAGUGAAAAUUUCUUCCAAUAUAAAAGCAAAAUCUUUACCAAUAGCAUGUGAACGAUUUAAGUUUUUCAAUUAAGGAUAUCCCAUUUUAUCAAUGCGUUUCAACAAGCAGGAACUGGUCACUUUGGCCACACAACCAUCUACCAAAUUUGAAAAAGAAGGGGUUUUAAUCCUGCGUGAAAAACAGGAAGGAUUUUUCAGAAAAACAGAAAUUAGUUUAGAACGAUGGUGUCGUCUAAGGGGCAAUUUAUUGUUUUACUUCAAAAAUCGAGAUCCGUGGUCGGAGCCCUUAGGGGUGAUUGUACUCGAACAGUGCCAAGUUAGAAUAGAUCCACCAAUGUCAGGUUCAGCUUUUGCCAUUGAAGGAUAUUUUCCAUUUUAUCUGGUUUUUGAUGGAGGUCUUAACCAGGCUCUAGCUUCAGUAUCGGAUGCUGAACGAUCGAGUUGGAUAGACGCCAUCAGACACGCCAGCUACGAGGGAAUACGAGCCGAGUUAGGAGCUCUGAGACAGUGUAUAGAAAGAAGAAGAAGUCACAAACCAGUAGUUGAUCUUCAGACUUGGAGAUUACAGCACACACAUACGCUUGAUGUCACUGAAAUACCAUUGUGUGAAGUAUCCUUUUCAUGUGAUAAUUUACUCUGUGAUGGACAUGGUAGACCUCCAAAUCCUUCUCUAGUCGUAGAUGUUUUUAUACCUUCUUCCAAAUUUUGGGUGCAGUAUGGCAGGACCGAAGUUAUAGAGAGAUGUAGUAACCCAAUAUUUCUUUCAACCGUGAGCUUCCGCGCCUCUGACGGCCUUUCUAGAGACACUAGAGUCAGAUUUACUGUUUUCGACGUACGUGAAAGAGUAUCUGAUACAGCUGUGCCGCUAGGAUCCGCUUGUAUUCUUCUGAGUGUCAUGCAAGAUUCCACUAGACUGCGGAUACCCGUUUUAUCCAGGUCGCAAAGCACAGUAGGAUUUUUAACGAUCAAUGCUUGGUUUUUGGAGGGUGAGGAUAAGGGGAGUAGCACUGAACAUACGCCAUGCAAGAAACCUUUACACAAUCCCACACAGGCUUUCGCUCAUCGCAGAUCCCAAUCACUACCUCCAAGACUAGGUGUUAAAAUGAAGCUUCCUAAUCAGUCUGAAUUAAAGUUAAUAUUUUCUUCGCCAUAUCUGCAAACUUACCGUUUCCAUUCGGGAUUAGGAGGGGAUAUUUGCGUGCAUGAAUACAUGGCUGAGAGUAGGGUGUGUUUCUCUUUACCUCGUCAAGUUUUAGAUAUCUGGAUCCAACAAGAAAAAGAACUUCUCCAAGAAGUAGCCGGUAUGGGCGAGCUGCGCGAACCGUGGCAUUCUAGACAAGUAGAACUAUUAGAUAGACACUUGCAUCUCUUACGUCUCUAUUCGCAAGCGAGAGAGAACCUGCAAGCUCACAAGGGAAGCCUCUUCAAAGCCAGUAGCCGCAAGGGGGACAGGAGCUUGGAGUUCGCUCCCGUUAACUUACAUUUACAACGAAUGUGGGUGCACAACGAUACGCUUAACAAGUCAGGAUUUUACGAUUGGAUCACAGUUGGAGCUUUUACAGCGCAUUCUCAUAAGUCGAAGAAUGGGGGAUUGAUCAAAUUAGUACAACAGUUAAAAGAAUCUCCCAUAAAGACUGGUGCGAAUUGCCAAAUAACAACAAAAAUUUCCAUGGCGAAUGACGCCAUACAAGCGAUCAAACAGCUGCGAAAAGAAGUUGUGGAAGCCAUGAGAAACCUAAUGCGAUUAGCGAAAGAAAAACAAACCAACGGCAUGUUACCCAUAUGCGAAGACAUGAUUAACAAGACCCGGAUACUCCUCAGUCUCUGGGACUCAGGUCUGGUCGAAGAGGCGCUAAAUUUUAUUGAGGAAUACAAGUUAUUGCCAAACGAGGAUUCAGGCGUAGGAGAUGAUGAUACCAGUAUGGAUAGUUUGGGCAGACCUAACGUUUUGUCGCCGUUCAAGAGAAUUACCCAACAACUUACGUCGCUAGAUCUAAGAAGUCCGGAGUUGGAAGACUUUGCGACUCCCUGUACGCCAAUUAAUGAUGAUGAUAUAUGGAAGGUGCAAAAUAACAGCGAUACAAAUUGCAAUUCUUUGAAUUCCAGUGAAGUUGUGAAAAGUCUUUGUUCGAAUAUGCAAACACCAGACGAAAGCAAUUUCGUUCUAUUUCCUGAGUGUGAGGAUAGUCAAAACGAGAGUUCCUUAGAAACCACAGCAGAAUUAAAUAACGUUACACCUGUACCUACGAUUAAUGUAAAUAGCGAUAGCGAUAGCACCAACCAACCUCACUCUUUGGAACCAGACACGGGACGCACCUUUCUCGAUACCAACAUUAUGUGCAGUUCUCCUUCGGCUAAUUAUUAUAAACCGACUGACGAACCGGAACCUUGGGACAUCACUCAGUUAAAUAUCGAGGCCAGCGUCAUGUGUCUUGUGAGCAAAGUCAAGUUUUUGUGUGGAAGAUGUAAUAGUCCCGCUGUCAGGUUGAAGCCGAACAUGAGGAACAAUAAAAAGACCGUUAUCGUUGAUCAACCUACGAGGGGAAACAUCAUCGAUAAAGAAGCCGAGGCUGUGACAAAGGUUGUGAAUAAAAUUGUUAAGAACGGUAACAAAUUCACCGACGGUUUAGACAUAAACAAAAUCAGUGACUGGGUCGCAGAACUGAGACCCAGCAUGCGGAAGCUACGCUUAGCCAUGGACGGUUUACUGAAGACAGCGCGAUUGACACACUCGGUUUUCAGGGUUCAAGAAAGCCCAAAAGUUGCUCAAAGGUUCUGCAAUGUGCGGUACAGAAGGGAUGUGUGCUUCUCCCAAGCGUUAACAUCCCUGGUUACAGCUCUGAUGGCAAAGCUUUGGUGCCAUAAACCCGAUCCGAAUUACGUGACCAUGUUGAAUGGACUGGGACCGUUGGCGCACUUCGAAGGGCUUCUCAGCUAUUACGGUAAUGAAAUUGACAUGUGGGGCGAUAUGUCAGUUGCUAUCGAAGAUUUACGAACUGUGCUCUUUAUCCUAGUGAGGAGUCCUAGUCCAGCAACAGAACCGUAUCCUACUCCCAAAGUGACAGGUACGAGAAAUUCCCUGGUGGUAUCUUUACCAGUGCCAGAUUCUCUGCACAGUUUGAUACCUUCCCGCCAAACGGUAUCUUUCCACGUUACGCCAGUAUUUUUUAAUAUAGGAAUUAAUGAAAUGGCCACAUUAGCGGAAAGUUUGGGUUCCACAAAGCCACAAGAACGUUCUAAUAUCGAUAAUUUCGAAAGACUUAACGAAUAUUAUUUAAGAUACAAGAAAUUGAAAAUUUUAGACAAUGCCCGAAGAAUAUCUUCCAGCGCCAGUCAAUCGAGACCUGUCAGUGCCAUUAUAGAGGAUCUUCGAUUAUCUGUACAUAGUUCCAAGGCCAAAAAUGUUGAAAUCCUCCAUUUAGCAGCACAAAUAUGUAGACAAUUGAAUGGUUUAAGAUUUACGAGUUGUAAAAGUGCCAAAGACAGAACGGGAAUGUCCGUGACAUUCGAAGAAUGUCAGAUCUUAGCAGAUGAAUACCAUUUAGCAGAACACGAAUUCCAACGAGUAUUAGAUUGUUUAAGAAGUGAGGGUUGCCGUAGGGAAAACGCUCUGAAGAAUAUCGGAAUAAAAAAAUAUGCUUUCAAUUCUAUCCAGCUCCUGGCAUAUCCAAAAUUCUACAGACCUCCUCCAGGAACGUACGGAUCUGCACUAACUUAAGGCACUCGAGUGUCGUAGAUAAAAGACACGCUAUUCAAUGUUAUUCAUAUACAUUUUUGUAGUUUAUCGGGAUAUUUCGGACGAAGAUGUUUUAGUUUUUUAACUGUUGAUUUUAUUUAGAACUAACGACAAAAAUGCAGUAGAUUAUGAGAUUUUAACCUUUAAAUGAAGAUGGCAAUAAAUUGUAAGAACUUUCUUUAUAUUGGUUCAUUAAACUUUUCAGCGCCUUAUUUUCCACAAUUUUCUGAAAUAUUUAUAGACAUCUUUCAAAUUUUUAGAGAAUUCUACUAAUUUUUACAUGUUCUUUGAACUGUAUAAGUUUCUACAUUUUUAGAAAAUAUUCUAGUACUAUCUAUAAUAUACUAGAAGUUUCGACAAUGUUCUAGAGCUGGCUAUAUCUGUCUACAACCUUCGAAAGCUUUCUAAAAAUUUUUUGAUCUGUCCAAAUCAUUUUGACUAUUUGUAGAAGCGUCUGCAUUUUUCUAAAAGUUUCUAUAGCCUUUUACAUUUUUUUGUGUCAGUUUUGGAUAACUUUUUGCAGUUUUCGAAAUCUUUCUAAAACUGUUUAGAACUUUCUAGAAAAUUGUAAAAUGUUUCAGAAAUGUCUACAAUAUACACACAUUUCUACAAUAUUUAUAGACUUCCUAAAAGUUUUUAGAGAAUCCUACUCCUUUUUGCCUGUUUCUUGAACUGUCUAAAAGUUUCUACGAUUUUCGAAAGUUUUAAAAUUGAAUCAAAACUUCCUUAACCUCUUCCAAAAGUUUCUGCUGCUUUUUAAAAGUCUCUUAGCAGUUUUUGGCAACUCUCUGUAAUUUUCGAAAUCUUUCAUAAACUUUUUACCUUUCUAGAAAUAUGUACAAUGUUAGGGGAAUGUCUAGAAUUAUCCAAGACUUUCCAGAAUGUUUGUAGAUCUCCUAAAAGUUUUUAGAUGAUCCUACUACUUUCUACCUAUUUUUUGAACUGCCUACUAUUUUCGAAAGUAUUCUAAUACUUACUAGAAGUUUUUUACAAUGUUCUAGAGCUGGCUAUAACUGUCCACAACUUUCAAGAGCGUUCUUAAAAUUUUAAUUUUUUUUUAAAUUCUCCACCACAUUCUGACUGUUUCUAGAACCGUCUGCAAUUGUCUAGAAUACUCCUCAGAUUCCUAAAUGUUUCGGUUGCUCUUUACAAUUUUCCUUGUUGCAGUUUUGGGUAAUUUUCUGUAAUUUUCGAGAUCUUUCUAAAACGAUUUAAAGUUUAUAAAGAAAUCUCGAGAAUUAUCUAAAACUUUCCAGAAUAUUCAUAGACUUCCUCGAAGAUUUUGGAAACUCCUGAUACGAUUUCCUGUUACUUGAACUGCCAGCAAGUUUCUACAGUUUUUGAAUGCUGCAGUACUAUCUAUAACUUAUCAGAAGUUUCUACAAUGGUCUAGAGCUGGAUAUAACUGUCUACAACUUUCGACAGCAUUCUAAAAUGAUCUAAAAAUUUUUAGAACUGUCCACAACAUUUUGAUAUGAAGAAAAUGGUCUAAAUAUCAGCAACGGCAUGAUAUAAUGCUUUAAAUUAGAGCUUUGUCGUGAUACAUAUAUCAAAUGGUAGGGUAGCUGUGAGAUAAUCCUUUGGAUGAUAAAAUUGCCGUGGGAUAAUGCUCCGAAUGGCAAUACUGCCAUAAUGUAAGGCUUCGAAUGCAGGGUUGUCAUAAGAUAGUAUUUUAAAUAUCAGUUUCGAAUGAUAUAUCGUUUUAAAUGACAUGAUUGCCUUGAUAAAUGCUUCAAAUGAUACAAUAGCAAUGAAGUAAUGUUUCGAAUAAAAAUAUUGCCGUAAGAUAAUGCUCCGAAUAUCAAGAAGAUUCUGAAAUAAUGCUUCAAAUAGAAACUAAGCAAUAGUUAACGCUCUAAAAUACAGAAUUGUAGUUAUAUAAUGCUUCGAAUGCAGUAUAGUAUUCAGGUAAUAAUUCAAAUCCUUGAUAUAAAGCUGAACUUAAUAGCAUUGCCGUGAUAAAUGUGUCAGAUUUUAGGAUAGCCUUGAAAUAAUGCUUAGAAGGACAAGAUACUCUUAGGAUAAUACUUUGAAUUGGAAUAUUGAUACGACUUUAAUGCUUCUCUAAUGAGGGCAAGGUCGUCAGGAUCUACAAAUUGCAGAAUCUACAUGAUAUAAUGCCUUAAAUGACAUUUCAUUGUGAUAAAUCUUCCGAAUGGUAAAAUAGCUAUGAAAUAAUGCUUUAAAUGACAAUAUUGCAUUGAGAUAAUGCAUGGAAAAGCAAAACUGUUCUGAAAUAAUCCUUCGAGUGACAGUAUAGUAUUGGGAUAUCAGUUCAGAUAAUAUAGUUGUUAGAUAAUGCUUCGGUUGACGUCAUAAAAUGCUUUAAAUAAGAGGAGUGCGGUAAUAAAUGCUUACCAAGAUACUGUUUAGAUUGGCAAGUUUGCAGAAGAAAGAAGGAAAGAAAGUAAGACUUAUAUUCAAAGUUGUCGUGAGAUAAUGCUUGAAAUGUCAAGUUCGACAUGAUUUAAAGUUUUUAAUGGCAUUAUUCAAUUGAUAAAUUCUUCGAUCCGUAAAAUAGUAAAUAAAUAAGCCCUCAAGUGGCGAUAUUUCCGUGAUAAAUGCUUAGAAUGAUGAGAUAAUCCUUCAAAUGACUUAUAUGCCGUGAUAUAAUGCUUGGAAUGCAGGAUCGUCAGGACAUAAUUUUUCAAUUGGCAGGAUCUAGUAGCUUAUCAAGAAAUAAAGCUCGUCUUAAUGGGAUGAGUUCGUAUGAGGAAUGUAAAAAUGGAUAAGAAGUUUGCAAACUUGCAGAACUACAAAUUUGGGCACAAAAACGAACAGAAAAUUAAAAAAAAAUUUACGAUAAAUGAAGUUGUAGCAGGUUAUUGUUAAAUAAUAAAUGUCAAAGAUUUUCAAUUUUCAAGAAAAGAAAAGAAAUAGUCAACAAAAACUCAUAAUAUCUUAAAAAACUACUUAAAUA